AUGGAUUCCAACAAGACCAUCAUCCUCAUCACCGGAGCAACUGCAGGCAUUGGAUUUGAAACCGCCUCUCUAUUCGCAACCAUCCCCUCAUACCACACCAUCAUCGGUGCGCGCUCCGUCGAAAAAGGCGAGAAAGCCGUAUCGGAAAUCAGCUCCAAAAACCCUCAAGGCACCAUCUCCUUCGUCCUUAUCGACGUCACAGACGACGCAUCCAUCAGCGCGGCCGCGUCCACCAUCGCCAAAGAAUUCGGCCGCGUAGACGUCCUGAUCAACAACGCAGGCCUCAUAUCCCACGCCCCAUCUCUGCGAGCCCAGCUCCGCGAAUCCUUCGAGACAAACACCAUCGGCGCCGCCGUCGUCAGCGAGACCUUCACUCCGCUCUUAUUGAAGUCCAGCAAGGCGAAGAUGAUCAACAUCUCCUCGGGUCUAGGCUCUAUCAGCCAGACGCUCGAUCCUAAGAACCCCUAUUACAAGGCACCUGUGGCAGCGUACAUGAUGAGCAAGGCGGGGCUGAACAUGCUGACUGCGUAUGAUUACGCGCGCUUGGGCGAUCAGGGCGUGAAGGUCUGGUCGUUUUGUCCGGGGUAUGUGGUUACGGGCUUGAGCGGCACGGGGGAGAAGGGCGUGCAGGAGAGGAUUGCGAGGGGGGCGAAGAGUCCGAAGGAGAGUGCUGAGGGGCUGCUGGCUGUUGUUGAGGGGAAGAGAGAUGCGGAUGUGGGGAAGUUCAUACGCAAGGAUGGGGUUUAUGGGUGGUGA